UUGUGAGAUUAAGAGUAAUUGAAUCAUAAAUCUGAAUGUAACUACAGAGGCUUAAAGGGAAACGCAGAGACAUGCGCAGUUAAGGUCGUCCAAUCAGAGUCGGGCUAGCCCGAGCGAGGCGCAACCACAGAAAGGUAGUGCGCAUGCGCGGUUUGCUCUUCUGCUAUAGGCUGCGCCAAGGCGGGAGCCUUAACCUCCUCUGGUGGUGAGGGGUUGUCUGUCUACCCGAGUUUUCUCUCAGGGCGCUCGGCCUUUGUCGGAUCUUUGCGGGUCAAUCCUGCUGAAUAUGAGACGAUCUGCCGCACCAAGUCAGUUGCAGGGGAAUCCCUUCAAAAAACUAAAAUUUAUACCACCAGGGAGAAGUAAUCCAAGUCUAGAUGAAGAGAAUACAAAGAAUCCAGAUGUAAAAUUACUUGAGGCUGUUGCAAGUAAGAAUACCUUUCUCCAGUUACAAAAUAAUCCCAGAAUAUGCAGUUCAAAUCUGCCUACCAAUGGAAGCGCUAGAGAAAUUAAUCAUGGGCAUAAUAACAGUGGAAAACACUAUUCUGAAGCAUCUGUAAUGGCAACGUUAGAUCCACCUCAUACAGUUCACUCAGCCCCUAAAGAAAUAACAGUGUUUAAGAGACAAGAAGAGGAAGAACCUCAUAGCCUAGUUAAAUAUUUCAGUGUUCUUUGGUGUAAGGCUUCAAAGAAAAAACACAAAAAGUGGGAAGGUGAUGCUGUUCUCAUUGUAAAAGGAAAGUCAUUUACAUUAAAGGAUUUGGAAGGCAAAGACAUUGGAAGAGGCGUUGCGUAUAAAUUCAAAGAGCUUGAAAAGAUUGAAGAGGGCCACAGACUGAUGAUUGGUGGAAAAGAAGUAGAAGUCAUGGGUAUAAUCUCUCCAGAUGAUUUCAAUAGUGGCAGAUGUUUUCAGCGUGGAGGAGGAAGCUCUGCUAUUUCAAGUUCUUCUCAAGCUGCCAAGAAGUGUUUCUCUAACCCCUUUAAAAGUGUUUGUAAAUCAAGUUCAAAGGAAAAUAGACUGAAUGGCUUCCAAGAUUGCAGACCACGCCAUGACCCAUAUGCUCCAAAUUCUCUUGUAAUGUCACGACCCAACAAUAAUUGCCAGUGGACAUUCAAUAAGAAUUGUUUUCCUAUUGUGGAUGUGGUGAUAGAUCCUCACCUUGUAUAUCAUCUUCGACCACAUCAGAGAGAAGGAAUCAUAUUCCUUUAUGAAUGUGUAAUGGGAAUGAGAGUGAAUGGCAGAUGUGGAGCUAUUCUUGCUGAUGAAAUGGGUUUAGGGAAAACAUUGCAAUGUAUUUCGCUCAUCUGGACUCUGCAGUGUCAGGGACCCUAUGGAGGCAAGCCAGUAAUAAAGAAGACGCUUAUUGUCACACCUGGAAGCUUGGUGAAUAAUUGGAAGAAGGAAUUUCAAAAAUGGCUAGGAAGUGAAAGAAUCAAAAUAUUUCCUGUUGAUCAGGACCACAAAGUAGAAGAAUUCACUAAAUCUCCAUUUUAUUCUGUUCUUAUCAUCAGUUAUGAAAUGUUACUUCGUUCUUUGGAUCAAAUUAAGAGUGUAAAAUUUGAUCUUCUAAUCUGUGAUGAGGGCCAUCGUUUGAAGAACAGUGCCAUUAAGACAACUACGGCCCUCAUGAGCCUCUCCUGUGAGAAAAGAAUAAUUCUAACUGGUACUCCAGUUCAGAAUGAUCUUCAAGAAUUUUUUGCAUUAAUUGAUUUUGUAAAUCCAGGAAUAUUAGGUUCUUUGUCGUCUUACAGAAAAAUAUACGAAGAACCCAUUAUUAUAUCGAGACAGCCUUCUGCUUCUGAGGAAGAAAAAGACUUAGGAGAGAAAAGAGCAGCUGAACUUACUUGCCUUACUGGACUCUUUAUCCUUAGAAGAACCCAAGAAGUCAUUAAUAAAUAUCUUCCACCUAAAAUAGAGAAUGUAGUCUUUUGUCGACCAGGAGCGCUACAAAUUGAACUUUAUCGAAAGCUGUUGAAUUCUCAAGCUGUUAAAUUCUGCCUUCGAGGAUUGUUGGGAAAUAGUCCUCAUCUAAUAUGUAUAGGAGCUCUUAAAAAACUGUGCAAUCACCCCUGCCUGUUGUUCAGCUCUAUAAAGGAGAAAGAAUAUAGCUCAACUUGGGAUGGAAACGAAGAAAGGACUCUCUAUGAAGGCUUGGUAGAUGUGUUCCCUGCUGAUUACAACCCCCUCAUGUUUACCGAGGAAGAGUCUGGAAAACUACAGGUGCUGUUGAAGCUCUUAGCGGUUAUACAUGAACUUCGUCCUACUGAAAAGGUGGUGUUGGUAUCCAACUAUACACAAACCUUGAAUAUUCUACAGGAAGUAUGCAAGCGUCAUGGAUAUACUUAUACGAGGCUUGAUGGACAAACACCAGUCUUUGAAAGACAGAAAAUUGUUGAUGGCUUCAAUAGUAAAUACUCUUCUGAUUUUAUUUUUUUGUUAAGUUCCAAAGCUGGUGGUGUGGGACUUAACCUCAUUGGAGGAUCUCACUUAAUUCUCUAUGACAUUGAUUGGAAUCCAGCCACUGAUAUCCAGGCGAUGUCUAGAGUAUGGAGAGAUGGUCAGAAACAUCCUGUACAUAUUUACAGACUCCUAACCACAGGUACAAUAGAAGAAAAGAUUUAUCAAAGACAGAUCAGUAAGCAGGAUCUUUCUGGGGCAGUCGUAGACCUAACCAAGACAUCUGAACAUAUCCAGUUUUCAGUAGAGGAGCUAAAAAAUUUGUUCACCUUACAUGAAAGUUCACAUUGUGUUACUCAUGACCUGCUUGACUGUGAAUGUACAGGAGACAAAGAAGGUACAGGUGAUUCACUGGAAAAAUUCCCUAUCUCUAGAAAUUGUCAGCUUGGUCCACAUCAGAAGCCCAACUCUCUGAAACCUCUCUCCAUGUCACAGCUGAAACAAUGGAAACAUUUUUCUGGAGAUCAUUUAAAUCUUGCAGAUCCUUUUCUUGAAAGAAUAAGAGAAAAUGUCUCCUUCUUUUUUCAGAAUAUAACCAAUCAAAGUACUGCUAUAUAAGGAAAGAUUACUUCAUGACCUUCCCUUGCUCCCUUUUUUAAAAAAGUUAGCAUAGUAAUUAAAUAUAACUUUUGAAAACUAGAAUUAUUUAAAUUAUAAUAUGUUUUGUUGCAAAAUGUAUCAUAGUUUUGAUACAGCCUAAACUUGAGUUGUUUAAUUUUUUUGUAUGUGUUCUUCAAUGUUGAAACAUUAAAAACAUUAUUCUA